GAGGUACAGGUGAUAUUUAAGCCACUGGCAAACUCUCUCCCCAUCCAUCUCCGCCUUGGCUCUGUCCCCUGCACCUCUUCAAAGACAAAGGAGGCCCUCCAUCAGUACUCAGGUAAGACGGAUAGCUUGGAUUUUGGACUUUCUCCUCUGUAUCCGAUGAAAGAUUCUUUGUAAAGUGUUUUAGCAGCUGCACAGCCGAAGUAAAUACUCAAAUGCCGUUAGUGCAGAACGGAUAGUGGGCACUCAGCAGCAGACUUGGAAAACAAACUGCGUGAGUCAGUUGGUGAUUUUUUUUUUUGUCUGGACAAAGCACUGCUGGCUUUCCACUGAUGUGCAAGCUUUGAGAGGAGCAUGACAGGAAAUUUGCACAUCAGUGAAAUAUGGAAACAAGCGAAGCCAGUAGGGAUUUGUGGCAGAGCAGCAGAGCACUGGUAGGAAAGAUAAUAUACUGAACAUACUGGACAUACCAAAUCUUUUAGUCUCAGCAUGUCUUGUUCCAUUAAGCUGAUUAUCUUCUUUUUUUUAAACUCAAGAUAUUUAAUGCCAUGCAUCACUCGAUACGGAUAUUGCUUCAUCGUUAAGAUAACUUCAUACAUAUGCAUUAUUACUAUACUCACUCCUGUGUCACUGAUAGCAUUUCCAUCUCCAUGGCUUCCUUUUGUAUUGUGCCAGUCAGUGAGACAGUGACCCCUAUAGAUUUUCCAGUGAGCCAGCUUUGGUGUCCACUGGCCUCGUCUUUUGUCUGUGCUGCCUGCAGCUCUGACCUCUCUGGUACAAUGCUCUGCAGCAUGACGAGAGGCAAUAACUGGUGACUGACAUUAACAUCCCUGUCUCCUUAUGUCAGAGAUGAUAAUUAAUAAAUCAUGCACAGGGGAGCAUGGCAGACUGAUUGUGCCCUUUGGUGUUACGUGUGGUAAGGAUUAGCAUCAGCACAGCUCUGCACACUGUUUUCCAGUUAAUAGGUCCCUGAACUUUAAACUUUGGGCCAAAAGCUGAAUGCAUCUUGGCAAGAGUGGAAUUGAAGUCCCUCAUCUGUAUGCACUAGUUAGUGUAUAUGCUGGCAACUCAGGUUACUUGCCCCCUUAGUUUCUAAAUGUCGUUACCAGGCAAGUGUUAUGUUUCACUUGUGGUUUCCAUUUGAAUGAUAAGACUUGUUACAGGAUCAGCAAAUAGAGAGAUGUGGUUUACAUCGAAACCAUUCAUUGCUGAUGCCGUGGAGUUAAUUGGUACAUGCAUUACCAAUUCAGCUUACAACACCGAUAACCCAAGGAUCAAAGAACAAUGAAGCGUGUGCUUUUUUUUUUGUUGUUGUUGUUGUUGUUGUUUUUGGGGUUUGUGUUUUUGGAAAACCCUUCACACUCAUGCUUCAUUGACAGUGACUUAUCUGUGUCUGUGUGUGCACAGUCUCUCCACGAGUCCAGCACAAGAAGCUCCACGAUGCCGGACACAAUGUGUCAUGUCCAAGGAGCCCAGUUCCAACCUGGAGAGUGCCAUGCAGAUGCUCAUAAAGACCUUCCACAAGUAUUCGGGGAAGGAAGGCGACAAGUACACUCUGAGCCGGGGCGAACUGAAGGAGCUGCUACUAGAGGAGCUGGGGAGUUAUUUAGGGAGCUCCAAAGAUAAUGAAGCAGUUGAGAAGGUGAUGAACGACUUGGACGCCAACAACGACGGGGAGGUGGACUUCACCGAGUUCAUCAUUCUGAUGGGCGCCCUCACAGUCGCCUGCAACGACUUCUUCCUGGAGUUCAAAACAGACGACAAACCCAAAGACGGCGAGUCAGCGCAGAAGAAAGAUUGAAACACUGCAAAAGAAGGAGGGGGGGUGGGGGGGCGAGAAAAGUGAGAUGGAGAGGGCGUAAAAGAACUGUAAAUCAGCAGAGGAGAUAGAGGACAGAAGUGCAAUGGCUUCUCUUUUUUUUAAUCUUAUGCAAUAUGUAAACACUACAGCUACACACGAGGGAAGAGGUCCAGCGCUUUAGUUUAUGGUUUCACAGAACACGGAGCAUUCAGGAGGAGUAGUGUUUUUCCUUCUGCAACUGUUUCUCAUACCACAGCUUAUCCGGAGCUAGUUGCACUGUUCUCAGAGCAGUGGCUAGUUUUAUAUACACGACAGGGUUAAUUUCAGCUUCUUCUAGCUCAGAUUCAGCAGUCACUUAGGUUUAGUAAGGCACGGGAAAGACAGGAAGUUUGGGGAUGUUUGAGAAUGUCUUGCACGUGAAUAACUUGACAACAUAUAUUUAGUCACAGAAUAAGUUACAGAUUAUACCAGAUUGUACUCAGUCUUGAAAAUAUUUAUGAUUUGUCCCCUCUCUUUUGCUUUUGUAAUCUUUUCAAAAUAUUAAACGUGGCAUUUAACCAAAUAUUAAGCGUGGUGUUUGCAGUGUCACGUACUUGAAAAUAUAAGCGGACUCUUACAAUGCAGAAGUACAAAUCUAUAAUUUGUCACACACGUGUGGCAGCUGGAAGUCGAGUUGAAUAUCAGCAAACUGUGAGGCUGUGGUUGAGUGUAAGCACUGACAUUUUGUGAGUACUGCUUGUCUGUGUGUGUGUGUGUGUGUUUAUGCAUGUCUGUGUGUAUCUGUAUAUUGGGGAUUCCCACAGAGUAAACUGCUCUGGCUCACACAUCCUGCCAACAAUAUCCUGCAAGUCUUGUUCCACUAGAUAUAAGCUGACCCAGAUGUUUGACUUGGAAGUGCAAAGAAAACUUCUUCAAAAGAGGAAGACAGAGGGAGGAGAGAAAGAAAAAGAGCGAGUGUGAGGCAAAAUAAUGAGUGCUUUUGUGCAUAUGCCUGUGUGUGUGUGUAAAUGAAAAGAGGGACAGCAAAGCCAGAGAAUGGAUCCAAUUUAUGAAAUACAUCAGUCAAGUAUGUAAGUUGGAAAGUGGUGGUAUAAUCACAGAGGAAUGCUCAAGCUGCUGUGACUGUGAGCACACUAACUGUCCCUCUCACACGCACGCACACAUAGAUCAGUAAAUCAACACGUCCUCUUCCACCUCAUUGGCUUUUGUAGCUGCUCGUCACUUUUAAAAUAUGGCUGGAGAGGGAACACAAAGCAGAUGAAUUACAUUAGAUCCUCUCCUUUCAAACCACUGAGGGAUUUCACUUGGAGGUGUAAUUGUGCUUGGACACUGAUGAGCUUAACUACCUGCUCUUCUUACCUUCAGCAAUAUUAAGAAACUGAUUCCAGGUCAGCAGUGCGUCAGCGGGCGUGGCGUAAGCGAUCCGCUUUCAUUCCUCUGCCCUCUGUGUUUUCCAGAGGUGUCCUCUGGUUGGUCGGUUUGAAUAUUUGAGCUCGAGGUGCGCAGCCCGCAGACAGGUAAUGAUUUCAAAACAACGCGUGUAAAUGUUAACCCUGUUUUGGCCCGAGGCAAAGCAAACGACCUUUUAUGGCUGUUAACGGUCUUGUUUACUGCAUUUCUUGUUUCAUUCCAGAGCAAUGAUUAGUUUCAACGACUUGCCGUGAGGAAAGUAAAUAAGAGAAAAGUACAACACACACACGGAUCUAGCAGUCAAGGGGGAAAAAAGGAAAAAAAAAUAUACAGAUCAUAACAGUGGACCUAAUUCUGCAGAAUAAAAUUUGUAAUUCUAGUAAUAUUUUCCCUCUAUGCUGCACAUUUCAAGGCUUGGCUUCCCAGCUGUCUAACUGUCUUAGACUAGAAACUGUUUUUAGUGAAGAUCUUCACUGAAUUCUUCCUUUUUUGCUUUGAGCAAUUGGGUUAUUCAGUGUCAGGGAAACUGCCUGUAAAUGUUUAUAGUCACUUCAAAUAAAAAAACUCUAAAACUCCUUCAGCUAGGAAGGGUAGAAAGAUAAAGAUGUUGAGGGUGAGAGCAACAAGAUGCAGGAAAGCCACAAUUCACAUGUGAAAAACAGGAAUUUAGUUUGAUUUGUUUGUCACCUGAAUCUAGUGAAGCAAACUGGUUUGUCAGCUCUGCUUGCCUUUCUGUACAAGUCUGAGAUACCAAGUCAAGUCAAUCUGCAACACACAUGGAGGGCACACGCCAUAUAUUUUACUUGGGUAAAAGUGCCAAAGGUUUAGCUGCUUUGGUGUUAAUAAAAUUAACACCAAGUGUGCUGGAGUGGCAACAACGACACAACCUUCAAAACAGGCCGCUGACAUUUUUUUCCAUGCUCGUCUUUUCCGACUGUUUUUCACUUUUUUGCAUUUGACUAGGGUCAGAGUCAUGAAGUGAAAAUCCAAGUCCCCCAACAUGGAACAUCAAUAAGUGCUAUUUCCAGAAGGUUUGCUGCAUCUCCCAUCAAAGUCUCAAGAGGAAGAAGGAGAUUCCAGGAGAUAGGCAGUUACACUAGGAGAGCUGGACAGGGUUGUAGAAGGUCUUUAAUCCAUCACCAAGACCGGUAUCUGGUCCUUUCUGCAAAGAAGAACAGGAUGAGCUACAAAAUGACUUCCAACAGGCCACUGGUGUGAAUGUCUCUGAUCAAACACUCAGAAACAGACUUUGCCUCAGGCCCGAUGUCCACUAGUGGAGCUGAUCGGAAUUUGCCAUUGAAUACCAGAAUUGGUGCUUCAACCACUGGCACCCUGUACUUUUCACUGGUGAGAGCAGGUUCGCUAUGAGCACAUGUGACAGACAGGAAAGGGUCUGCCUGUAAGAUUGUGCAGCAUGACCAGUUUGGUGGUGGGUCAGUGAUGGUCUGGGGAGGCAUAUUCAUGGAAAGACACACAGACCUGCCAUAG